GAUCCGUCUGGGGAGACGCUGGGGACCGAGUAGCGGCCAGUCGGACACCUGAGCUGCUGCUGCCGGACACAAGCCCGCAGGACAGGUGUGUGGACCGCGAGACCGAGAUAGUCAAUAUGCAUUUCCAAAGUGUUGGACUAUGCUUGGGUCUUCUGUUCAUCACUGUUAAUGCAGAGUUUAUGAAUGAUGGUGUUGAUGUGGAAGACUUCAGUGAAAAUCCAGAAGAGAGUUCUAUUAAAGAAGACGACCCUUCCUCAGGGACAAUUAUAUAUAAGACACCUCAACCUAUAGGAGAAGUAUAUUUUACAGAAACAUUUGACAGUGGAAGGCUGGCUGGGUGGGUCUUGUCAAAAGCAAAGAAGGAUGACAUGGAUUCAGAACUUUCCAUGUAUGAUGGAAGAUGGGAAAUAGAAGAGCUGAAGGAAGACCAGGUCCCCGGCGACCGAGGCCUGGUUCUGAAGUCUAAAGCCAAGCACCACGCAAUAUCUGCCGUCCUCGAAAAACCCUUUAUUUUCUCUGAUAAACCUUUGAUAGUUCAAUAUGAAGUAAAUUUUCAAGAUGGUAUUGAUUGUGGAGGUGCAUACAUUAAACUGCUAGCAGACACUGAUGAUUUGAUUCUGGAAAACUUUUAUGAUAAAACAUCCUAUACUGUCAUGUUUGGACCAGACAAGUGUGGAGAAGAUUAUAAACUUCAUUUCAUCUUCAGACAUAAACAUCCCAAAACUGGAGUUUUUGAAGAAAAGCAUGCCAAACCUCCAGAUGUUGAUCUGAAAGAGUUCUUUACAGACAGGAAGACUCACCUCUAUACCCUUGUGAUGAAUCCAGAUGAUACAUUUGAAAUAUCCAUUGAUCAGAAAGUUGUGAACCAAGGGAGUUUGCUAGAGGAUGUGGUCCCGCCUAUCAAUCCACCCAGAGAAAUUGAUGAUCCCAGCGAUAAGAAGCCAGAUGAAUGGGAUGACAGAGCCAAAAUCCCUGACCCCACCGCAGCCAAGCCAGAGGACUGGGAUGAAAAUGAACCUGCCCAAAUAGAAGACUCAAGUGCUGUUAAACCUGAUGGCUGGCUUGACGAUGAACCAAAAUUUAUCCCCAAUCCUAAUGCUCAGAAACCUGAUGACUGGAAUGAUGACAUGGAUGGAGAAUGGGAGGCACCACGCAUGCCUAAUCCAGCCUGUCAAAUUGGAUGUGGCGAGUGGAGACCUCCCAUGAUAGAUAACCCAAAAUACAAAGGAGUCUGGAAACCGCCAAUGAUCAAUAAUCCUAACUACCAGGGAAUCUGGAGCCCUCAGAAAAUCCCUAACCCAGAUUAUUUUGAGGAUGACCACCCAUUCCUUCUGACUUCUUUCAGUGCUCUGGGCUUAGAGCUUUGGUCCAUGACUCCCAACAUCUACUUCGAUAAUUUUAUCAUCUGUUCAGAAAAGGAGGUAGCAGAUCGCUGGGCUGCAGAUGGCUGGGGACUGAAGAUAAUCGUGGCAAAUGCUAAUGAGCCCGGUGUACUCAAACAGCUAACGACAGCGGCAGAGGAGCGACCAUGGCUCUGGCUCAUGUACCUUGUGAUGGCUGGGUUGCCCAUAGCGUUACUUACUUCAUUUUGUUGGCCAAGAAAAGUAAAGAAAAAAUAUGAAGACCUAGGUCCUAAGACAACUGACAUAAGUAAACCACAGACCAAGGCGUCUCUGGAACAAGGGGUAGAGGAGGAGAAAGCCCCUGAGAAGCCAGAAGUUUUGGAAGAGGAGAAAAAGCCAAGUGACAGUGAUGAUGUAGUCAUCGCUGAAAAGGAGGAGGAAGUUGGUGAUCUGGAAGAGAAGAGUGAAGAAGAAGGGGAAACCAUAGAAGGGCAGGAAGAAGUGAGCAAGAUGAGUAAGUCUGCAUCAGAGGACGAGAUGAAAGAAGCCGAUGAAAGCACAGGGUCUGGAGAUGCGCCAGUGAAGUCAUUACGCAAAAGGAGGGUACGGAAGGACUGAAGUGUGACAAGUAUUUAUUGCAAAUCCCCGAGAGAAAGAGACCUGGCACUCUAAGUUAGUGUGCUCAGAAGGACAGUGACUCCAUCUGCACAAAGUCUUUCUAAAUAUCUAGCAAUGUUACUCUUUCAGAUACUUCUUUCUUUCUUUCUUUAGGUGGGGGGGAAAGUAACUUUGAAAUUAACUGGUCUUUGAAUUUAGAAUAAAAAGAAAGUGGCACAUUACAUGAGAUCCAAGAGAUUAAUAUCCUUACAGUUUUAAUAUUUGGAAGAUAGUUUUGGUUUUGUAGAGCAAAAUAACAUGUAGUCAUCACACCUGCUAUUGGAAAAAUCAACUCUUGGACUUCCCACUUAAAUGGAUACAGGUUAGUUUUAUAAUAAAAUUGGAGUCUGUUCUGUUGUACAGACUGAAGGUCACCAAGUUCGUGUGUGAUCGUUUGAUGCCAUCAGCACUUUAGUGUUGUGUGUGACCCACACUUACUUGCCUGUGUUACACUAUUAGGGUCACUGCACUUCGAGAUUCCUUGAAGAGGUGCUGUGUUGACAGGCGUGUCAACUGUGUCACUCAUGCAAUCACUGGGUAAUAUUCACACAUAUUCUACAUGUGAACACAAGAUAAUAGGCUUGUCAAAACCAAAUAAUGUAUAGAAUUUUUUUUCAAACUUUUGUAGCCACUUCAUGCCCAAAUGGCUUACCUCAUUCAUGAAACUG